ACCAACGAUGUAGACGAAAACGCUAUUCGCUCCACGCGAGUCACGUCGGACAUGCUGAAGAAGGAUCUGCUAGUGAACCAAACAUUCGGAGACUCGAUGUCAAUGGAUGUGCGCAUGAAUCGACAGAACAAUAAGAUAAACAAGGCCACCGAGCGAAACGAGGGAAGAUCCGUCAUAUUGGAGAUUCACGUGGAGGGCCAGUGCUAUGACGGGCCGGCUAACUGGACCGGGUGGACGCGAGACUCGGCCGCACGGGGAUCGCCCUUCACCUGCCUAUGCUCCUGUCUGCUGGACAAAAAACUCUUCUACGCAAUAUAUGACGGCGGCAACUGUUUCUGCUCGUCCGAGGGCGGUCAGUUCGGUAACGACAUGGGCGUCAUCACGACGAACGGCGAGUGUCCCGACGGGGGACGGAGCGUCUAUGACGGCAUGCAGCACACACAGCAGCUGGGCCGCUUCUGCCGCGGCCGACAGCAUACGAGCAUCCAACAGUUCUUACAAAAGGCCCAAAAUCAAGGAAACAAGGUUGUGCAGUUUAAGAACAGUGAACUGAUGGAGGCCAAGAUCAACUCCAGCAGCAUUCGAGGGACCCACCUGAACAGCACCGACACAGCGGCGGCCAAAACGGUGCUCCGAUGGCACGGCAAGGAGGGCGUCACCCGCGACAGGUGGAAGUCGCGCUUCGUCAAAGGUCCACUGCGUAACCUGUACGGCCUGCGGCUGCACGUGCACCGCCGCCAGGACUACACGGAGCGCAUGAACCUAACCACGCGCGAGCACGUGCGCACCACGCACUCGCAGCGGGGCGUGCCGUUCGCCAGCGGCGACGCGUACACGCUGCGGGCCAGCAGCAGCUCCACGGCCAGCGAGCAGGGCGGUCGGCUGCGGCUGCUGUCGGGCAGCGGCGGCACCACGGACAGCGGCGGGCCGGCCUCGCUGCUCGGCACGGCUACAGAGACGGUCACUGAACCGCUGGUGAAGGCCACAGACGCCGUGACGAACACGGCCACGUCCCUGCUGCGCUCCGCCGGCUGA